AUGAAAAUCCCAUUUUCUCUAACCCCUCUCUUUCUCUGUCUCUUCAUCUCCCAAGUCCAUGGACAAACACAAAACCCAAAAUGUGACAUCCAAGAUCAUGGCUCAACCCUCAAAGUAUUCCAUAUCUUCAGCCAAUGUUCUCCAUUCAAACCCUCAAAACCAAUGUCAUGGGAAGAGAGUGUGUUACAGCUCCAAGCUAAGGACCAAACAAGGAUGCAAUACUUGUCUAGCUUAGUUGCCGGGAGAUCGGUUGUUCCAAUUGCAUCUGCGAGACAGAUCAUUCAAAGUCCGACAUAUAUUGUGAAAGCUAAGAUUGGUACUCCACCUCAAACUUUGCUCUUGGCUUUGGAUACUAGUAAUGAUGCUGCUUGGAUUCCUUGUACUGCUUGUGUUGGUUGCUCAACCUCAAAACCUUUUGCUCCUGCUAAGUCUACCACGUUUAAGAAUGUUGGAUGUGGUUCUACUCAAUGCAAACAGGUACCCAACCCCACUUGCGGUGGAAGCGCGUGUGCAUUCAACUUCACCUAUGGUAGUUCCACCAUAGCAGCUAGUGUGGUCCAAGACACACUUACCCUAGCUACUGACCCAAUUCCAAGCUAUACUUUUGGAUGUGUUCAAAAAACAACCGGGAGUUCAGCACCACCACAGGGUUUAUUGGGCUUGGGCCGAGGCCCAUUGUCUCUCUUGGCCCAAUCACAAAAUCUCUACCGAUCCACAUUCUCUUAUUGUUUGCCUAGCUUUAAAUCGCCUAACUUCAGCGGGUCUUUGAGACUUGGGCCUACGGCCCAGCCCAAGAGGAUUAGGUUCACACCACUCCUCAGAAACCCUAGAAGAUCAUCACUCUAUUAUGUUAACUUGGUUGCUAUUAAAGUCGGUCGGAGAAUCGUCGACAUCCCUCCAGAGGCAUUGGCAUUCAACCCUACCACCGGUGCUGGCACCAUAUUUGACUCGGGUACGGUAUUCACUCGACUAGUUGAACCGGUUUACACCGCCGUAAGAAAUGAGUUCCGUCGACGAGUUGGCCGAAAGCUCACCGUGACAACCCUAGGAGGGUUUGACACAUGCUACAAUGUACCAAUAGUUGCACCAAAUAUAACAUUCAUGUUUUCCGGUUUGAAUGUGACACUACCACCGGACAACACCCUGAUACACAGCACCGUCGGUAGCACCACAUGUUUGGCCAUGGCAGCGGCGCCGGAUAAUGUGAACUCGGUGUUGAAUGUGAUAGCCAACAUGCAACAGCAGAACCACCGUGUGCUGUUUGACGUGCCCAACUCAAGACUUGGUGUUGCUCGUGAACUUUGCACCUAA